AUGUCUGCAAUGCAUCCAUCUGUCAUCGUCUUGCUACCACGUUAUGAGCCAACAAUCACAAAAAGUCGUAAGCUGUUCAUCACGACAGACGAAAUAUUGAUUAGUGCUGAUUUAAAUAAAAAAUUAGAACAAGCCCAUCCGUUGCCUAACCCACGAACAAUAAUGCCAUAUUGUCAUCAGACAUUUCCAAGGGUAACGAGUCUGAUGAAUUAUACAUUGCAAGAGGCUGUUCUUCUGUAUCGUCAACUCUUUUAUUCCACUAUAGAAGAGAAACCAAGUUCUUUAUCGAUUGGGUCUAUGCUCGAACACAUUGAAUCAUGGACACUUGAUUCAGCUCCCACGAUCAUCGAUUUCGGUGGUUCAUUUGAAACUCAACAUUUACAUUAUGUUCAACUGGCAUACCCAGGCACGAAAAUCUAUUCGAUUGAUACAUUAUACCGAAAAUUGGAUUUAUUAGUUUGUAAUUUAAAUAAUAGUGAAAUCGCAUGGUGUAUUAUACCUGUUUUCAGUGACACAAAUGAAAAUAUUAGAUUUGAAUUGAUUAAAGGUUUAAAUGAAGAACUAACGGGAACAUCGUCUGUAUGGAAUGGAAUUGAGAUAUCAGAAUUUAAGUUUCGUGUUGAAAUCAAAAAUAUACAAGUUUAUGAUCCAUAUUCAGAAAUAUUCAAUUUUAAACAAAUAAACUUUGUUGAUAGUUUGAAAAAAUGUGAAAAUAAACCGUGCUGUAUAUUUAUGGCUUAUAACACCUAUAGUGCAACACCGUCCAUAGAAUAUGUUAAACAACUUGGGCUAAUUGAUCCAGUUCAUACAAAGAUAGAUAUGAAAUAUGCCAGAGGAAAUGAAAUACUCGCUUUAGACGUCGUAAAGCCACAGGAGAGACCACUUCCAUCCCAUAAAUUGGAAAAGUUAGGUCACACACUGUUAGAAUUACAUAACACAAUUCAACAUCCACAAAUAUCUUAUCAUUUACCUUCUUCGGGAAACAUCAGUUGGCUUAACAACGAUGAUAUUGCAACACUUUUAAGUGGUGGCAGCGUCAUUCGUUCAGAUAACAAAAGAAAUUCACAUGAUUCUCUAGAACAUUUGUUUGGCAAAAAUUCUGGAAGAGGUUUAUAUUUCAAUUCGGAUAUCGAUUGUCUAAAUUUGCGUUCUCUUAUAUUGAAGAAUAAUAUUGAAAUUUUAACUCCGCCACUCAUCAAAGAAUUUAUUGAGCAGCAUUUGGGCGGAUUCUGGAAGAAUGACAGUGAUCGUCAUGUUUCAGAUAUUCGUGAAUAUCCCCAGCAUUUUGUUCGCGAUUGUCUUCAUGAACUACUUGGCUGUGUAUCUCACGUAUAUAUUGACAUUGAUAGCACUAACGCUUUACAUUAUUCAAGUGAAUUUAUUAAACAACUAAAACAACAAGAUCAAAAUCUGCAUGUUAAUGUUUCUGUAAGAGACACGGCAGAAAAGGAGUUACGUGAAACAGCCAUAAUCUUAUGUAUCGAAUGUAAUAAGCAAUGGGUUUUGUUAUUUGCCGAUCUGGAUAUAUUCUUUGAUAACGUAUCGUCGUGCCUAUCAAUCGAUGAAAUACAAUUAAAAGUUGAAUCAUCAUUUGCCUUCACCUAUUCAAUACAUCAAGGAAAACAAAUAAAAUGGCAUAAAAAUUUAUCGUUUGUUUAUGUAGCUUCUCCUCAGGAAUUAUUUAUCAAACAAGUUGAAGAUCGUCUGACGGCUUUGAACUUACAGGAACUCUGUGUGAUAUCGAAAAAGUUAGAGUGCUUGACAUUUGAAACAUCACAAAGUUGCAGUAAUAAUGCAAUAAUACGUUUUGAUUUUGGCCUACACGUAAACUAUAGUGAUAUACCGUGUGCUAAUCUACUGGAUAAAUGGAUUUUUGCUGAAAAAGUCAGUGGACUAGUAAUCACAAUUUAUCCUAAUGUAGCGAACUUUACUUUAGCACGAUAUCCGCUGCUGCAUCCACGUGCAAGUGUCGGAUCUGUGUACAGUUUAACAUCUAAUAAGGUUUUAAUACUUAUACAAUGGAGAAACGAUGUGUAA